AUGACGGCCGGAUCAGAAGAACUUGUCAACUUCAAGAUGGGAGGGGUCCCGAAGGAAUCAGUGGAGCUGGUAGACUCACAUUUCCAUCUCGACAUGUGGUGCCGCCGCAGCCAGGAACCUCGCCUUGGGGAGGAGGGGCCGGAUAGUGCGACCCAAUUGGUCUUGGUGAUUGCCAACUAUUGCUAUCCCCGGAAUUGGCCGACUGGCUCUGCCCGACGGGAUAUUAGAAGUGAUACCCGGAUCAGGUUUAGUUUUGGUAUCCAUCCCCGACUCGCUGCACUCGAGAGUGAUCAAACUCUGAGGAAAUGGGGGUGGGAAUUAGAAAGGCUGAUGGAUGUUCAGGGAACUGUGUCUGUUGGAGAAUGUGGCCUGGACACCUCCGGAAGGACAUCUUGGAGGGUGCUGCAGAGGCAAAAGAUGAUUUUUGAGAGCCAGGUAAGAAUCGCAGCCAGGAGGGGCCUUCCUAUAGUCAUCCACUGUAGAGGGGGCAUGAGGACUUCUGAGGAGUGCUUGCCGAUUCUGGGCAAACAUCUCAUGAAAACCCAUCGUGUCCAUCGGCAUUGUUUCACUGGUGACCUUGCCGAACACAGAAUGUGGAGCGAGGCCUUUCCAAACUGUAAGUUUGGCAUCUCUCCACUAAUCAUUAGAGAUCGGUCACUCAGAUCCGUGGUGAAGCAGCUUUCUCUUGAAGACCUCCUGAUUGAGUCUGAUGCCCCAUACUUUCCAUUAGAGAGAGGAGGUGUUGGUUCCCCUUUCCAGGUUGAGGGUGUGGUUGAAGCUAUUGCUGAGGAUCGGGCCAUAUCGAUACGUUCCGUCGCGGAGGCCACCACCAGGAAUGCGCGGGGGCUCUACCAGAUUGAGUGA